UUCCGGGGUGAGCUGCUGAGUCAGAGGUGGACGCACGGAGACAAGACGGACAACUGCAGGACCCCGAGACUCCUCCUGGGUGGACACGGCAAGAUGAGCUUAGAAAAUGACGAAAAGAGAGCUCGGACAAGAUCCAAGGCCCUCCGAGCUCCCCCAGAGCCCACAGGUGCCGACCUCAGCUGUCCCACUCCCGGAUGCACGGGCUCGGGACAUAUCCGGGGCAAGUACUCCAGGCACCGAAGUUUACUGAGCUGCCCUCUGGCCAAGAAGAGGAAGCUGGAGGGCGCUGAGGCCGAGCACCUGGGGUCCAAGCGGAAGGCGCACCCCCUGAAGCUGGCUCUGGACGAGGGCUACGGCGUGGACAGCGACGGCAGCGAGGAUGCCGAGGUAAAGGGCGCCUCUGUUUCUGAUGAAUCGGAAGGAACUGCGGAGGAGGACGAGGCUGAGGCGUCAGGACAGGAGGAGAUUCAUCACCCCGAGCCAGCUGAAGGAAGGAGCCCCGUCAAGGCUCGUUUCGGAUCCAAUCCCGUCAGCAGCCUCACGGGCUCCUCCAAGGGCAGCUACAGCAGCUAUCAGGAGAUCAUCGCAACUUCUCUCCUAAACUUGGGCCAAAUCGCUGAAGAGACGCUGGUCGGGGAAGACUCGGGCCAGGGGGCCAAGCCGGGCGCGGGCAUCGUGCGCCUGGUUCAGGAGGAGGCUGAGGAAGGAGCCACCAGCGACGAGGAGGAGAAGGAUGUCUUUGUCCAGCCGGAGGACGCAGAGGAAGUGAUCGAAGUCGCCAGUGAGCGCUCCCGGGAGCUGUGUCCCCAGUCCCUGGAGGGUGUGGCCAGCGAGGGGUCCAGCAAGCGGAGGGUGGCCCUGGGCAAUGAGGAGGAGGAGGAGGAGGAGGACGAGGAGGAGGCCCCUCCUGACGUGACGUGCCAGGAGGAGGCCCCCCACGCCCCCCGACCCGAGGCCUCUGAGCCCCGGCGCCCGGCGCCGCCCAGCCCCAAGCCCGCGUGCUCCGUCCUGGUGGACGUGCGCUCGGACUCCGACGGCAAUAGGGACGAGGACUCGAGGUCCCAGAAGUCCACGGUCACGGACGAGUCGGAGAUGUACGACAUGAUGACCCGCGGGAACCUGGGCCUCCUGGAGCAGGCCAUCGCCCUGAAGGCCGAGCAGGUGCGGGCCGUCCGCGAGCCGGGGUGCCCACCCGCUGAGCAAGGCCCGCCGGGCCCGGGCGAGCCGGGCAAGGCGGCGAGGCCCCUGGACGCCUCCCGGAAGAGCUACUGCGGCAAAGAUCCCUCAAGAGCCGAGAAGCGUGAGAUCAAGUGUCCGACGCCAGGCUGUGACGGCACCGGCCACGUCACUGGGCUGUACCCGCACCACCGCAGCCUGUCUGGCUGCCCCCACAAGGACAGGAUCCCCCCGGAGAUAUUGGCCAUGCAUGAGAACGUGCUCAAGUGCCCCACUCCUGGCUGCACAGGCCAGGGCCACGUGAAUAGCAACCGUAACACGCACAGAAGUUUGUCUGGGUGUCCCAUUGCUGCUGCCGAAAAAUUAGCCAAAUCUCAUGAGAAGCAACAGCCACAGACGGGAGACCCUUCCCAGAAUAGCUCCAAUUCGGAUCGGAUCCUCAGGCCCAUGUGCUUCGUGAAGCAGCUUGAGGUCCCUCCGUAUGGAAGCUACCGGCCCAGCGUGGCCUCCACCACACCCAGGGCCAACCUGGCCAAGGAGCUGGAGAAGUUCUCCAAGGUCACCUUCGACUACGCAAGUUUUGACGCUCAGGUUUUUGGCAAGCGCGUGCUUGCCCCAAAGAUUCAGACCAGCGAAACCUCACCGAAAGCCUUUAAAUGCUUCGACUACGCCCAGGACGCAGAGGCUGCGCACAUGGCCGCCACGGCCAUCCUGAACCUCUCCACGCGCUGCUGGGAGAUGCCCGAGAACCUCAGCACGAAGCCGCGGGACCUGCCCGGCAAGGCCACGGACAUUGAGGUGGAUGAGAACGGAACCCUGGACCUGAGCAUGCACAGACACCGCAGGCGGGAGAACGCUUUCCCCGGCGGCGGUGGCGGCCCUGGCGUGAGCUCGCCCGAUGCCUCCCAGGGCCAGAGCCUCGCUGGCGGCCCCAGCAGCUCCGUGACCUCGCCCCAGUCCAGCCACGCCUCCCGCCAGGAGGAGUGGGACCGGCCCCUGGACUACACCAAGCCCAGCCGCCAGCGAGAGGAGGAACCUGAGGAGUCAGAGCCAGCAGCCCAUUCUUUUGCUUCUUCUGAAGCAGAUGACCAGGAAGUGUCGGAGGAGAAUUUGGAGGAGCGGAAGUACCCCGGGGAGGUCACCCUGGCCAACUUUAAGCUGAAGUUUCUCUCCAAGGACAUAAAGAAGGAGCUGCUCACCUGUCCCACCCCCGGCUGCGACGGCAGUGGCCACAUCACCGGGAACUACGCUUCCCACCGCAGCCUCUCUGGUUGCCCUCUUGCUGACAAGAGCCUCAGAAACCUCAUGGCUGCACAUUCUGCUGACCUCAAGUGCCCCACGCCCGGCUGCGACGGCUCCGGCCACAUAACGGGGAACUAUGCAUCGCACCGGAGCUUGUCAGGCUGCCCUCGUGCCAAGAAGAGUGGAGCCAAGGCUACACCCGCGAAGGAUGACAAGGAAGACCCUGAGAUGAUGAAGUGCCCAGUUCCAGGCUGCGUGGGGCUUGGUCACAUCAGCGGCAAAUACGCCUCUCACAGAAGUGCGUCGGGCUGCCCUCUGGCCGCCCGAAGGCAGAAAGAGGGCUCCCUCAAUGGCUCAUCCUCCUCCUGGAAGCCCCUGAAGAACGAGGGGCCCACCUGCCCCACGCCAGGCUGCGACGGCUCCGGCCACGCCAACGGGAGCUUCCUUACCCACAGGAGCUUGUCUGGCUGUCCCCGAGCGACCUUUGCUGGAAAGAAGGGGAAAGUCUCAGGGGAUGAGGUUCUCGGCACGAAGUUCAAGACGAGUGAUGUGCUGGACAGCGACGAGGAGAUCAAGCAGCUGAACCAGGAGAUCCGCGACCUGAACGAGUCCAACUCCGAGAUGGAGGCCGCCAUGGUGCAGCUGCAGUCCCAGAUCUCGUCCAUGGAGAAGAGCCUGAAGAACAUCGAGGAGGAGAACAAGCUCAUUGAGGAGCAGAAUGAAGCGCUGUUUCUGGAGCUGUCCGGCCUGAGCCAGGCCCUCAUCCGAAGUCUUGCCAACAUCCGCCUUCCGCACAUGGAGCCAAUAUGCGAACAGAAUUUUGAUGCCUAUGUAAGCACCCUCACCGACAUGUACUCCAACCAGGAGUGCUACCAGAACCCCGAGAACAAGGACCUCCUCGAGAGCAUCAAGCAGGCCGUGAGGGGCAUCCAGGUCUAG